UUAUUCCUAUUCCUCCCACCAAACAGCCCGUUAUUUGGUUAAAGGACUCGUGAAAGGUUCAAUUCACUAUUCUGCUUCUGCACCCCAACCUAAACCCUCCAUUGGAGACUAUAGUCGCACAAGAAUCAACCAGACGACACCCAAGCUACUACCCGACUAUGCAAAUCGCCGCUUUAGCUCGCCGAGCUUCUCGGAUUUUCUCACUUCAUCCCUUCAUUUCUCAAGAUGCUUCUCUGAAUUCCUCCUCUCAUUGCAGAAAUUUUCGCACCUUAUCUCUUCAAAAUGAAAUUGGUUAUUCCAAUGGUUGUGGCUUGCAGUACCAGUGGCCUCAUACCGCGUCUUUCUGCUCAGUACCGGCUGCUGUUGACGAGACUGUGAAGGAGCUGUAUGAUAAAAUUCUUAAAUCAAUCAAAGUUGAAAGAUCUGCUCCGCGAAAUGCAUGGUUGUGGUCACUCACUGAGAAAUGUAAAAGCAGGGAAGACAUUAAGCUUUUGUUUGAUGUUUUGCAGCAGCUUCGAAUUUUUAGACUGUCAAAUCUCAGGAUCCAUGAUAAUUUCAAUUGUAGCCUGUGCCAAGAAGUUGCAAAGGCGUGUGUUCAAGCUGGGGCUGUGAAUUACGGAAAGAAAGCAUUAUUUAGGCAUAAUGUUUAUGGUUUGACUCCUACUAGUGGUUCUGCAAACCAACUAUUGUCCUAUGCGAAGGCGCAGAAGGAUGUUAAGCUCAUGGUGGACAUAAUGAAUCAUUUAAGAAAGAACAAUUUACCAUUACAACCUGGAACAGCAGACAUCGUUUUCAGCAUUUGUUCUGAUGUUGAUAAUUGGGAGCUGAUAUCCAAGUAUUCCAAAAGAUUUGUCAAGGCUGGAGUCAAAUUGCGGAAAACUACAUUUGACAUUUGGAUGGAAUUUGCUUCUAAGAGAGGUGAUCUCAAGUCACUGUGGAAAAUUGAAGAGUUAAGAUCUGAUAUGUACAAGCAACACACUAUUAAGAGUGGGUUUUGUUGUGCUAAGGGAUUCUUACUUGAGCAAAACCCUGAUAAUGCUGCAUCUGUGAUUCAAGCGGUCAAUCAGCUUCUACUUUGUGCUUGUCAGAGUUUUCCUGAUUCAAAAAGGCAAGAUAUAGUUGAUGAACUUCAAAAGCUGAUCACUGAAUGGCCUGCAGAGGUCUUGAAGCAUCAGAAGCUGGAUGAUCAAAAGGCAUUGAUUUCUUCAUUGAAGGCUGAUAUUCCUGCUUUGCUUAGCUCCCUCUCCAACAUGGGUGUGAAAUCGAGUGUCAACUUGAAAGACCUAAAUAUCACAGAGCCUAUGUCAUGUUAAUUUUGGCACAACUACUGGAUGAGGAAUCAAAUCACAAUCAUUGUCGAUAAUUGCAUGAGGCAUGGUGCAUGGCAUUGUUCUGGUGCAAUAAUUUGCUCACAUGCAAAGUUUUCGUCAAGCCAUCUUUUUUCUCAACAAGCCAGUAGCAGGGAAGUUUUCUAAAAAUUGUUUUAAACGAAUAAUAUUGAUAUUAGUGUUAGAAAUUAUUUUGAAAUGUUAUUGAUAUUGGUCAUGUAUCAAUGUAUCGCCAUUUUGCUAGUUCAAACUGUGAUAGUGUAAAAUAUUGUGUGUGUGGAUGACAUCUAUGGACCAGGUGAUCAGCCUAGUGAAGAGUGAGGCACACUGCACAUUUCAGUGAAUAAAAGUAUGCUUGCUCAA